CAUUAUAUAUCGCACAGCCUUCUGCUUGAUUACCAUCAUGGCUUCUCUUUGGGAGACUGGUGCUAAUGCUUUCCGUGCUCUCGGACCCAAAGAUCAGCAGUCCUCGGGUAUCACGACUAUCGCCCGGAUCUUGGUCUUGGUGGCUCCUAUCUGCAGAUCUUGAGUUGGCAAACGACUGUAUUAUUAUGUUCUGAGUUUUGGAUUUAGGGGUCAACGCUUUUGCAAAUAUGGUUUUCGCUCGCAUCGUCCACUUUUACUCGUCUACUCGCAAAGUAUUGGUUUUCUCGCCCUCAAUUCUGGCUCUUAUCUUCGUGACGCUUGACAUCGUAUCUUUUGUCAUUCAGCUUGUGGGUGGUGGCAUGGCUGGUCCUGGCGCAAGUGUGUUGUGCACAAACGAAGGGCUUGAGCAUCUACAUGGGCGGAAUUGGCACGCAGGAAGACUUCAUUAUCCUGUGGAUCUUUUUUUGGCUUGGUCAACAAGUUUCACCGCGAGCAGCUCCAGGCAGAAAUACAAGGACGUUCGACCGCGGAAAAGCUCAGUGGGUGGAGAUGGCUCACCUGGACGCUAUACAGAUGCUUACUGGCAAUCACCAUCUGCAUCAUCUAUCGCCUGGCAGAAUUCUCCCCUGGGCUUGGCACAAAAAACCCUCUUCCAAGCAAUGAGCCUGUCUUGGACGUUUUGGAGUCGACACCAAUGUGGCUGGCCAUUCUUAUGUGGAACAUCGUUCAUCUUGGUCACUACAUCCGAGGUACAGACGCCAAGAUGCCACCUUCGUGGCUGUCGCGUUAUCUCUGCUGCUGCUGUCGCAAACGUCGCUGUAACGACUGCAAUGUGAAGGUCGGUCGUGCUGGAGAUCACCAUCAUCGCUUAACUGAUCAGUUGGGCAUGGAGGAUGAACAAAGAGUGUAUCCUUCCUCGGAAAGUUACAGUGCUCGCGUCGUUGCGGCUCCGAUCAAUCCGUUUCUAGACGCGCUAUCUCGCGACCUUCCUUCGCAUAACAAGGUUAGAGGAUAGCGUUGUCAUCUUCGUUGAAUACUCGAUACGGUAUGGAGUCAGCUCCUUGAAGCUUACUCUAUUGCUCCUACUGUACGCUGCUCAGAAUGCAGAGCGCUGGCCUGUCGCGUGGUCUGCAACU